UUUAAUUUAUUUCUGUUUGGAAUAAAUAUAAAUAAAUUAUAAUCUGUUGCUGGAUAAUAAUAUUAAAAAUAAAAAAAUUCAUUUAGCCAAGUCUUUGGAUUUGAAUAUCGAUAUUAAAAAUUAGAAUAAAAAUUAAUAAUGAGUGGAAAAAAAGAAAAUAGUGGUGAAGUUAAUCCGGAGAUGAUGUCAAUGCAAAUGAGACACCGGGAGUCAUCAAGAACAUCACCACUACUUGAUAUUGAUAAUAAUUAUCCAAAACCAACUUAUGGAAUUGAGAUUGAUGACCUGGAAUCAUCAGUUAAUCAUAAUAAACAUUAUGAAGAUGAUCGUAGUACAGACAAUGGUCUUAUAUCAAGAUCAUUGAGUCCACACUCACCACCUGGUGCUGUUUCUCAAGUACAAUUUGAUGUUAAUGUUUAUCAACAAAAAAAAACCCUGGCUCAAGGCAUGAUGGAUUUGGCAUUAAUAUCAGCCAACGCAAACCAACUCAGAUAUAUUUUAUCAUCAAAAAAACAUCCAUUUUUCUUGGCAUCACUUGUUAUGAUAUCAAUGAGCCUGUUGCUACAAAUUGGUGUUGGUAUUGGACUCAUUUGGAACAGUCGUUAUGAUGUUAAGCAAGAUGCUGAUGUUCAUCAUGCUAAUCGUGCUAAUAAUUGGACUGUUAUUGGAAUAUUUCUUGUGACAAUUCUCAAUGUUUUUAUAACAUCAUUUGGUGUUUUUGACCAGAAUGAUGAUGUUGAUGUGAUAAAUCCUUAUCUACAAAUUAAUACAGCUAAUGAUACUGAGAUUUUUCAACGAAUCAUUAAUGGAACUUAUGAUAAUUCUACAAUAACAAGUCAAUAAUUUUGUAACAAAAAAAAAUAAUCUUUAAAUUUUGCAAUGUUUGUAUAAAUAUUUUUUUAUUGUCCUACUUGCUUCUCUUUUUUUUUGU